GCCAUGGGUGGGAAGUGGGAGAGGCAUAGGAGUCAACUUCAAUGACAAAGAAAGGUUAACUGAAGGAGAUAAAUCUGGUCCUAUAAGUAAGUUUUGUUACCUCACAAUUUUGCCUAUCAUCUGUCCAACUCAGAAGAAAAAUAACAAUAAUUGCUUAAUCCUUAAUAAUGAAAAAAUGCUGUUAGAGAAGACAACAUAAGGUCUGCCGAGUAGACGGCUACACGUAGAUUAUUUAACAAAACCCUAUUCCAAGAUUCUUAUAGUGUAUAGUCUUGCUUAUUCAACAUCACUGCCUUGGGAAAAAAAUAAGCCCUGUGUAAAUAAAGCAUGUAGUUUUGUGGGUUUUAAUAACUCAACACUAUUAUUCUAGAUAAUGCGUUCUCUUAGUUAUCUGCUGUAUCACAUUCCUAACUCCUUUAUGCAUGUCGAUUUUGACAAUUAUGAAUAGGGAAGGUAAUAGUCACUAUAGAACCUGUGUUCUAUAGAUAGACAUUUAACCACCAUUGCUAGUUACUGAUCUAUAACAGUUAUCCUGAAUUAGCUCAUUUAUCAUCAUCAUUUUGUAUUUGAUGAAUACUGUAAAAAAAAAAUGCACUUGGUGACAACCUUCAACAAAAACUGAUCCAUUUUGUUGCUCUCUAGAGUAAUAAUUAUGUUUUCUGGCAUUUCUAUGUACUAUCUUUGGAGAUGCUCCAGGAAAAAGAUUUCCGUACGCAUUCACCAAUAAAACAAUAAGUAUGGCAACCUAAAUGGUGCAGCACAGGAUUGUUAUAGAAUUUAUGACAGUUUGAGCAAUACAAAAUAAUCAUAUUGCCCUGUUAUCAAUGGAAGACAUUUUAUCUAAGGAAUGAAGACUAACACAGCUGACACAUUAAAGAAAUAGCCCAAGAGGGGAACUUAAUUAUUUUGCAUGUUUGUCAAUUGCAGAUGUAUUAAAAUGGGGGAAAAAAAACAUGAUAUUUUUUUUAUAUCCCUAAGAUUUAUAUGCAUUCAUAUUUAGGCUUCUGAAAAGAUAAAUCAUUUUAGAAAUCGAUGUUCAUAUUCUGAAACUUGCUUGUCAAACCCUGAUCUCAUUUUAUAUUGACAUGAAAAUAUUUUAACAGUAAAAAAAAAAGUUAAGUCCUUAUAUUUUUCAAAAUAUUUCCUCUAAUAUGUUGAGAAGUACCAGGAAUUUGUUUUCUGCGCCUUUAAAUUAAAUGGAAAGAAUCAUAUCUUAGUAAAGCUUUCAGGUUGUAGUAUUUAUAGUUCAUCAUUAAGGAAAAAUUUUACUUAAUCACUAAGUAGGAAAGCUAAAAUAGUUUUCGUAUUAAAAUACACAGUGGAAACUGUUUUGUUUCAGUGCAAACAUUACAUCUUGGUGAAUAAUUCCCAUUUGAAAAGCUAAAAUAAUUUUCGUAUUAAAAUACACAUACAUUGGAAACUGUUUUGUUUCAGUGCAAACAUUACAUCUUGAUGAAUAAUUCCCAUUUGAGAGUUUGAUUGCGUUUUCCCAGUAUGAGGAAUAAAUGAGACGAUUGGCUUGGGGGAGUGGGGAACUAAUUAGCGUAUCUCAUAUCAAGCCGUCUAUCUAUUUUCUUUGCCCUCACAAGGUAUUGCGGAGGCAUUAUCUGGAACUGAUUAAACCCCAGGAGAGAAGUGGGGGAAAUCAUACAUUCGGGAGUAGUUCUCCCGGAGAACGCGAGCGCCCUCUAGCUCGUAUUUACAAGCAGAUACUGGUGACGUAGCUCGGGCCACUUCGCCACCAGGGUGUAGGAGGGAAGGGGCCGGAUUUCUCCCGGUAGGAGCACUCUCUGAACCAAAGAAAGAGGCUGGCGACAGGAAGGAAGAACAGAUCAAGCGUUUGAAUAGCAGCCACAGGACAACCUAAAGCCUGUGAAGAGUUAGGCGCGCGUUGCACACAGUUCCCCCGCGUACCUCCCCCGACCCCAUACACCCGCCGCCGUGUGUCACCUUCCUGUUCGGAAGUCUUAGUAGGUUGCUGGGACAGAACAGGGGGCCCCUGCUCCACCCAUCAGGUAUCCGGUUGGAAGAAAAGCCAGUCUCAACAACUUGAUUCUCUCCGUUAAAUGAUAAGUUUAGCAGACCAUCCGUCUCCAACGGCUGCACGUUAGUGUAGGGGGAGGAGGGAGCACAGCAGACGAUACUUUUCUGUUCCAACCACAAAUCAUACGGUUGUGCCUCUUCUCUGUUCCACUUAGAGCCCUCUAACUUAAAUUCCACGUUCCUCCUGGAAUGCGAGCAGAGCCUCUUUGAGAAAAUGAACUCUGUGCAUGUGUUUUGAAUUUUUUCUGGACUGAUUUGUGAUGAUAAUCAGUCAAGUUACAUUUCUUGUGUGUCUUGCUGGGGGUGUAAUAAACCCAGGGCACUGAUGACUGUAAUUUUCUGGACGAUGUUGCAACGAAGGGAAUAAAUGGCCCAGUGUUGAACUUUGCAGCUUGCUCCCUUCCUGUAUGUAAAUUGCCUUUUAUAUAAAGUGGGGUUCAUAACAGAGCUGGGACAGCCGCCUCUGACUCGUGCUCCCUUAUCAUCUCAACUUCCAGUCCUAUCAGGCACAUAGCAGGGAGGCUACUCCAGCCAUAACUAAGCUCUACCUCCAGCCUCCAGAAAGGAAUCCCCAACCUUCAUAUCCUAGACAACCUGAAGAAUGAAAGAGGAAGCUAUAAAAUCCCCUUUGAAAGCUUUCAUGAAACAGAGAAGGAUGGGCCUGAACGACUUUAUUCAGAAGAUUGCCAAUAACUCCUAUGCAUGCAAACACCCUGAAGUUCAGUCCAUUUUGAAAAUCUCCCAACCUCAGGAGCCUGAGCUCAUGAAUGCCAACCCUUCUCCUCCACCGAGUCCUUCUCAGCAAAUUAACCUGGGCCCAUCAUCCAACCCUCAUGCUAAACCAUCUGACUUUCACUUCUUGAAAGUGAUCGGGAAGGGCAGUUUUGGAAAGGUUCUCCUGGCAAGACACAAAGCCGAAGAAGCAUUCUAUGCAGUCAAAGUUUUACAAAAGAAAGCGAUCCUGAAAAAGAAGGAGGAAAAGCAUAUUAUGUCGGAGCGGAAUGUUCUCCUGAAGAACGUGAAACACCCUUUCCUGGUGGGCCUUCACUUCUCUUUCCAGACGGCUGACAAACUGUACUUUGUCCUAGACUACAUUAACGGUGGAGAGUUGUUCUACCAUCUCCAGAGGGAGCGAUGCUUCCUGGAACCACGGGCUCGGUUCUAUGCUGCUGAAAUAGCCAGUGCCUUGGGUUACCUGCACUCUCUGAACAUCGUUUAUAGAGACUUAAAGCCAGAGAAUAUUUUGCUGGAUUCACAGGGACACAUUGUCCUUACUGACUUUGGACUCUGCAAGGAGAACAUUGAACACAAUGGCACGACAUCCACCUUCUGCGGCACACCCGAGUAUCUUGCACCUGAGGUACUUCAUAAGCAGCCUUAUGAUAGGACCGUGGACUGGUGGUGUCUGGGGGCCGUCUUAUAUGAGAUGCUCUAUGGCCUGCCUCCAUUUUAUAGCCGAAACACAGCUGAGAUGUACGACAACAUUCUGAACAAACCCCUCCAGUUGAAGCCAAAUAUUACAAAUUCUGCAAGACACGUCCUGGAGGGCCUCCUGCAGAAGGACAGGACAAAGAGGCUUGGUGCCAAGGAUGACUUUAUGGAGAUUAAGAAUCACGUCUUCUUCUCCCUAAUUAACUGGGAUGAUCUCAUUAAUAAGAAGAUUACUCCCCCUUUUAACCCAAAUGUGAGUGGACCCAGCGACCUGCGGCACUUUGAUCCCGAGUUUACCGAAGAGCCAGUCCCCAACUCCAUCGGUCGGUCGCCCGACAGUAUCCUCCUCACAGCCAGCGUCAAGGAAGCGGCCGAGGCCUUCCUGGGCUUUUCCUACGCACCUCCCGUGGACUCUUUCCUCUGAAUGGUCUUAGGGUUGGUUGUGAAGGAUUUUACGGGCGUUUUUGAAAUGUUUUAGUUAGCCUUUUGGCAGAGCUGCCAGCUGACAGGACAUCUUAAAAGAGAAUUUGCACAUCCCUGGAAGCUUGCACAUCUUGGCAAUCUUAUUGCACACUGUUUGCUGGAAGCUUUUCGAAGAGCACAUCCUCCUCAGUGAGCUUGUGAGGUUUUCCUUUAUCCUUCCUUCCAAUGUGGUGCUAUCUCUGAAAUGAGCAGUAGAGGGCCGCCCCAGGCAGAUGCAGUGGUCUCAUUCUUAGGAGGACGCUGUUCGGAGAAGGAGCUUCUGAAGGUCUGUCCGGGCCGUGAUAACGCAUCUUAUGAAACGUGCCUUUUCUGAUGAGAUCGUGUUAGCUCCAAAGUUCUUCCUGUUGCUGAGUGUUUCCGUUCUGUUUUUCCUUGUGGACUUUCCUGUGUGAUCAGCCGUAUGAGUGUGGUAUGCUUGCUCACAGAAGGACUCAGUUAUAAGCAUCAAUGUGACACUUGCAGGACACUACAACGUGGGACAUUGUUUGUUUCUUCCAUAUUUGGAAGAUAAAUUUAUGUGUAGGCUGUUUUUUUUGUAAGAUAUAGUUAAUAACUAAAAUUUAUCGAAAAUGGUCUUGCAAUGACUUGUAUCCAGAUGCUUAAAGAAGCAUUGCUGCUACAAAUAUUUCUAUUUUUAGAAAAGGUUUUUAUGGACCAAUGCCCCAGUUGUCAGUCAGAGCCUGGUGUUUUCAUUGUUUAAAAUAUCACCUGUAAGAUGGGCAUUAUUUAUGUUUUUGGGUUUUUUGUUUCUUUUUUGCAUUCCUGAUAAUUAUAUGUAUUGUAUAAAGGAAGUCUGUACAUUGGGUUAUAACACUAGUAUAUUUAAACUUCCAGGCUUAUUUGUAACGUAAACCACCAUUUUAAUGUACUGUAAUUAACAUGGUUAUAAUAAUGUACAAUUCUUUCCCCCCCUCCCUACCACACACCUUUUUUUGUGUGUGAUAAACCAACUUUGGUUUGCAAUAAAACCUUGAAAAAU